AUGACGGACUCGACGCUGGACCUGCUGGUCCUGACGUUCAACUGCGCCGCAAAGCUCGUCAACGUGCCCGAGUUUGCGCGCCAUCUGCGGACUGCGCUGGAGCGGGAGGCGGCCGAUCUGCCAGAGGUGGUUGUGCUGUCGUUACAAGAGGUGGCUCCCCUGAGCUAUGCCUUCAUUGGGGAUUACUUCCUCAAGCAGUAUUUUGAGCGGUUCGGAGAGGCGCUCAAUCUUGCGGCCUCGCUUCAUCUACAGACGGGAAAUCAUCAGGAUGCCUCGGCUACUUCUUCCACCUCCUCCCUCCCUCUUGUGCAUACAUCACCGUCAAACGGAGGCAGGAACCACUUCACGCUCAUCAGGGCCCUCAACGUGGGAUACACGGCCAUCAUGCUCUUCGCCAGGCACCCGGACCGGCUGACCAACAUCCAAGCGGCCGAGGUGGGCUUCGGCGUCGCCGAGAUGGGCAACAAGGGGGCCGUCGGCCUGAGGGCGCUCUACGAGGCGGGCAACGGGGAGUCGACGGAGCUGACGUUUGUGUCGACGCACCUGGCGGCCAUGGAGUGGAAUCUGCCGCGGAGGAACGCCAACUGGGGGGCCAUUAUGCGCGGGCUGACGUUUGAGGACCCGGAGGAGGUGCUGAGCCGCAUGAGGAGGGACGCAGCGUCGAGGAGCCAGAGCCGGUCGUUGUCGUCGUCGUCCGAGGAGGGGGACGCCUCUGAGCAGGCGCGGCUGCUCAGGGAGGAGCAUCACGAGCAAGAUCUUCGGCUGCAGCAGCAUUUCCACAACCUGUCCGUCUUCAAGCCGUCGUCUCACCUGUUUGUCGCCGGAGACCUCAACUACCGCAUCUCGACCACCUCCCCGACGCCUUACUCGGCGUUUCCCAACUUGGAUCCGGGAUCGGAGAACUAUUACACAAACUUCUUGCACCUGGACCAGCUGACUCGCGAGCGACUGGCCGGCCGGACCCUCCACGGCCUUUCAGAGAGCCCGGUGACGUUCCCGCCUACGUACAAGUACGUCGUGGACUCCAAGGCGCCUCCCGCCGGCGACGGCGACGACGGGGAUGGGGAGGAGGAGGAGGAGGAGGAGGUCAAGUGGGUGUUCGCCCCGCACCGGUAUCCCGGCUGGACGGACCGCAUCCUCUUCCUGGAGCUGCCGCCGUGGGUCGACGCCAAGAUGAGGGUCCGCGCCUACGACGCCCUGCCCGUGAUGCGAACCAGCGACCACCGGCCCGUGUUCCUGCGCGUGGAUGUGCCUCUGGUCUCGCCCGCCGACCUCGCGCCCCCGGCCGCCGUCCGCGAGUCUGCUGCCGGCGCUGGAUCCGCCUCGCCGGGGGCAAGCAACGGCGUCGACCCGCGCGUGAGGCUGCCGGUGGAGAUUGACCCGGAGGCCUGGGAGCGCCGAGCGGCUGGCCGGAAGCGCGAGAUUGCUGCCGGGUGGACCAUGUUCCUCGGGAGCACGAGACAGGGGGCCUUGAUUCUGGGGACGCUGCUGGCGGCGACGGCUGGGGGGUACUGGCUUUUCCGAUCUUCUUCUUAGGUUGGGGGAACGGGAGACGCUCGUGAUAAUGUCUGAGUGGGCUGAAGAUUCUUUAUAUCUCUUGUACAU